AGCGCGGGCGGCGGCGGGGCGCCGCGGGGGGACCCGCCGCUGCGCCGGGCGCGGGCGCCGCCGCCCCUGCGCGCUGCGCCGGGCAGGAGCUCAGUGAGCGCGGUGGCCGCGGCGGGAGGAGGCGCAGGAGGGCUCGGCUCUGCUGUCGCCGGAGGGGCUGCGCGCCGCUCCGCGCCGGCGGUGGGGCUGUGCGGAGCCCCGCGCUGGGGAGGCUGCGGGCGGCACCGCCACAGGUGACUCGCGGGCCGGGGGUCGCGUUCCGCCCCGCUGCCGCUCGGCCGCCUCUGCGCGUUCGCACCCCUGCGCCGCGGCCGCCUGCGCGAAGCCCAUCUUCAGCCGCCUCGCCGUGCCGGCGCGACCGGCAGCACCGGGGGACAUGGCUUUGCUCCGGCUCCUUCUUCUCUUGCUCCUCGCCCAGCGCGGGCUGGGGGCUGCCGCCGACCAAGGGCAGGCAGUGCGCGGCCGGGAGCGGGCGCUCGGAGGGAAGCAGCCUAUUUACAACCACAUCAAGAGCCGGGAGCCUCUGCCGGCCCCGCGGAGCCGCUCUACAGAGAGCACCAUCUUGGCGCAGCGGCUCGCCGAGGAGGUGCCCCAGGACGUGGCCUCGUUCCUCUACACGGGCGACUCCCGGGAGUUGCGGCGAGCCAACUGCUCCGAGCGGUACGAGCUGGCCAGCCUCGCCGGCAAGUCGCGCUUCACCUCUCACCCCUCCCUGCACGGUGCCCUGGGCACCCUCACCCACGCCACCAACUUACUCAACAUGAUCCUCCAGAGCAAUAAGUCGCGGGAGCAGAACUUGCAGGAGGACCUGGAGUGGUACCGCGCCUUGAUCAGGAGCCUGCUGGAGGAGGACCCCAACAUCUCCAGGGCCGCUAUCACUUUCAGCACGGAGCCUUUCUCCUCCACUCCCCAGGUUUUCCUCCAGGCCAGCAGGCACGGGAGCCAGGUCCUCCUGCAGGACUUGUCCUCCACGGCUCACCGCCUGGCCAACGCCUCUGUGGAAACAGAGUGGUUCCACGGCUUGAAGCGCAAGUGGAGGCCGCAUCUGCACAGGAAGGUCUUAAAUACGGGCCCCAAAACUUUGGAAAACAGUUGGAAGAGGCGGGAGAGCUUCAGUGCUGAUAAGAACCACAUCAGGUGGUCCUCACCAUACCUGGAGUGUGAGAAUGGGAAUUACAAACCUGGCUGGCUAGUGACCCUCUCAGCGGCUUUUUAUGGGCUGCGGCCAAACCUCCUGCCCGAGUUCAGAGGUGUUGUCAAAGUCGACAUCAAUCUGCAGAAGGUGGACAUUGACCAGUGCUCGAAUGAGGGAUGGUUCUCAGGGACACACAGGUGUCAUCUCAACAAUUCUGAGUGCAUGCCAAUUAAAGGCCUUGGAUUUGUGCUUGGAGCCUACAAAUGUAUUUGCAAGGCUGGAUUCUAUCAUCCCAACAUCUUCUCAGUGAACAGCUUUCAGAGAAAGGAUGCAGAAAAUCGCUUUUCUGGUGGUGAAUUGUCAGAGGAAGUCUACACCUGCCUGCCCUGCAGAGAAGGGUGUUCUUUCUGCACAGAUGAUACUCCCUGCUAUGCACAGGAGGACAAGUAUUUACGUCUGGCUAUCAUCUCCUUCCAAACGCUCUGUAUGCUGCUGGAUUUCAUCAGCAUGCUGGUGGUCUACCAUUUCCGCAAGGCAAAGAGUAUCAGGGCUUCAGGGUUGGUGCUGUUGGAAACCAUUCUUUUUGGAUCGCUUCUUCUGUACUUCCCAGUUGUCAUUUUGUAUUUUGAGCCAAGUAUAUUUCGCUGUGUUCUCCUAAGAUGGGUUCGUCUUCUGGGCUUUGCUACUGUUUAUGGAACUGUGACACUCAAGCUGCACAGGGUUUUGAAGGUAUUCCUGUCCCGAACGGCUCAGCGUAUUCCAUAUAUGACAGGUGGGAGAGUGAUGAGGAUGCUGUCUGUUAUUCUUCUGGUAGUCUUUUGGUUUCUCAUUGGCUGGACUUCUGCAAUAACCCAAAAUUUGGAGAGAAACAUUCCACUCAUUGGUCAAGGGCAAACAUCUGACCAUCUGAUCUUCAAUAUGUGCCUCAUAGACCGCUGGGAUUACAUGAUGGCUGUUGCUGAAUUUUUAUUCCUCUUGUGGGGUGUUUAUCUCUGCUAUGCAGUGCGGACAGUCCCAUCAGCAUUUCAUGAGCCACGUUAUAUGGCUGUUGCAGUUCACAAUGAGCUCAUUAUCUCUGCUAUAUUCCAUACAAUUAGAUUCAUUCUUUCUUCAAGACUUCAGUCUGACUGGAUGCUGAUGCUGUUCUUUGCACACACACAUUUGACUGUGACAGUCACUGUUGGGCUACUUCUGAUCCCUAAGUUUUCACAUUCAAGCAAUAACCCAAGAGAUGAUAUAGCUACAGAAGCUUAUGAAGAUGAGCUUGAUAUGGGUCGGUCUGGAUCCUAUCUGAACAGCAGUAUCAACUCAGCAUGGAGUGAACAUAGUUUGGAUCCUGAAGAUAUUCGGGAUGAAUUGAAGAAACUAUACGCUCAGCUUGAAAUCUAUAAAAGGAAAAAGAUGAUUGCUAAUAACCCACAUCUCCAGAAAAAAAGGUGCUCUAAAAAGGGCUUGGGGCGCUCGAUAAUGCGGCGUAUUACAGAAAUCCCUGAGACAGUCACCAGGCAGUGCUCCAGGGACGAGAAGGACCUGAUGGAGCACAGUGCUGUGAAGAACUUGGCCACACUGAAGAAAAACCCACCAGAUUCCACAAGUUCUCCAAAGCCAAAAGAAGAUACUUUGAAAAACAGAGUCUUUUCCUUAAAAAAGUCCCACAGCACUUACGAUCAUGUUAGGGAUCAAACAGAAGAACCAAAUGGCUUAACUACAGAAAGUGCAGAAGUUAUAGCUUCUGAGAAAACACUUCUGGACUCCUUGAAUGGUAACAAAUUAACCAAAAAUGCUCCUGAAAAAGUUGAAGCUGUCUCUACUGAAUCGGUCCCUUUAGUGUGCAAAUCAGUAAGUGCGCAUAAUUUAAGUGCCGAUAAGAAGCCUCUGCAUCCAAGAACAUCUGUGUUACAAAAAUCCCUCAGUGUUAUUGCUAGUGCCAAGGAAAAGACUCUGGGACUAACAGGUAAAACACAAAGUCUAGAAGAAAGCACUAAAUCUCAUAAAUCUCAGCAGAAGGGUAAGGAGGCAAGCAAAAAGCACUCAGCCUCCGAUAAAGGGGAACAUAAGGAUUCCCACCGGAAAAACUCUACCCAGUCUGAGGAAGCAAAGAAAACCCAUAAAUCUGGAAUUAUAAAACAGCAAAGGGUUAGUCAAACACCUGCAAAUCCAGACACAGGCCCAGGUAAGUCUCUGCACCAGGACAAUUUCAACAUAGGAGAAGUUUGUCCUUGGGAGAUAUAUGACCAAGUUCCUGGUCCUGUGCCUUUUGACUCUAAAGCUCAAAAACAUGUGUCUAUUGCUUCCUCAGAGCCAGAGAAAAACCACCCUUCCCAGCCAAAGGGGAAGACUCAUCAUAAGCUGAAGACACCUGAGGGGUACCAACAGUCAAAUCAAAAGAGCUCAGAGAAUGUGGAAGCAGCCACUCAGGAGACACAAGAGCAGCAGAUCUUGGAAAAUGAGAAAAAUCAGUCAAAUUCCAAGUCCCAGGUUUCUCCUGGGUUGAAGUGUGAGAAUGUUAAUAGGAAUACACCUAAUACCUGUGCUGGGGAGCGGGACGAGCCGCCCCAGAAAACAGCAGAAAAGGAAAACCUCAAUAAAUUGGCUGAACAGAAAAAAAUUGCCUCUUCUGAGGGAAAUGUGCUUUCAUCUAACUCCCAUAAGCCAAGUAGUUACGUACAGCAACCUUUAGCAUCUCGAGCUGAAGUCUGCCCUUGGGAGUAUGAUACAGCAGAUUUACCAAAUGCAGAAAGAAGUGUAGCUUUCUUGAACACCUCUGCUAUAAGUGCAAAUAAAACAGCAGCAUCUCGAAAAUAAGAGGCUUUUGGACUGAGGAGAGUAGCAACAUUGAGAAGACAGAAAACAGGAAAGACAGAGGGGACUUAGGCCAAAAGGAUCUGAAAAUUCCUAAGGAGCAUCACUUAUAUCAAGGGAAUCAGCACUACAAAUAUGUAGGAGUUAAGCAAAGUAAAUUAUCAUUAUUGUUGUUAUUAUUUAUAUGUUGAGUGCCAACAAUGUGAUUAGCAGUGCCCAGAAUAUGGUCCCUGCUCCAAGGAUUUUACUGUGUCAAUGAAGAAAUCUGCCUUUGUGAAAUCAAUUGUCUUUUAAAAGAAAAAAUAAUAAGAUGAUAACAAACGCACAGUGUAGAUCUUAACCAAAUUAUUUCUGGAUGCCGUACCUGGCUGUAACUUGCCCUUGGGACUUUAAAGAUCCAGCAGAAGUGGGACACAGAAAAUGUCCUGAUGGCAAAAAGGGGUACCAAUGAGCAGCUUAUUAAAGUGAUGAUUUUUCACUUUACAUAUUUAAUCUAAAUAGCACUGCUAACUCAAUGCAUCCCAAGAAUAUUUUAUAGAAUGAUUGCUUUCAUUUUCUUAUUACUGUGUGUUUAAGUACAUUGUUGUGUCUCAUAUUAAAGCAUUCCAGAUUGUAUAAUUUUUGCAAAUAACUUUGAUAUUAUGUGACACAACAACAUAUUUAUGCAAUCUGCAGAUACUGUCUUCUAAUUGCAAGUUAAAAUACCUACUGUAGACCUUUUUGUUUAUAUAAAGAAUUGCAGUAAUCUUUCACUGGUUAUGGAAGCCACAAUUCAUACUGGGAAAUUCUUUUGGGCUUUGGAGAUUAUUUUUUUUUUUCUUUCCUGUAAUUUAUAUAGUGAUUUUUUUUGUUUGCUCUCUGUUAUUUAUAUUUAUAGUUUGAUACAGUAUUAUUCAGGGGUUUUAUAUGCAGUAAGUUAUGCACUUCCCUGUUAAUGCUCAUAGACUUUGUUAAUAGUGGAAAUUCGGUUGUCUUAGCUGUUUAUACUGGUAGGACAACUUAUCUGGGUUUUUUGUUACUAAUUGAAAAACAUCAUCUAAGAAACGAGAAAUCUUACUUUAAACAUCGAUGGUGAUGAUCUUGUUCAGUAUUUCAUACUGAACCUAUCCUGUUAAAUAAGACAAGCAAGAAUGACAGUGAAUAUACCCCAGAAAUGAUCACAUGUUUUACUAAAACCAGACAGUUCUGGGAGGUAUUUUAUUUAUGGAACAACACUGUACUGUUUAUCCCUGUUGGCAAACCUCAAAAAAUUGGCUCUUGGAGUGAGAACUCCAAAAUAUUACUCUUCCCCCAUAUAUGCAAAUGUAAGCGAUACUGAGAACAGAAAUUAUGGCAUCUCUCUCCAACUGUCCAAAAUGCUUUGAGUUUUUUAAAAUUUAUAUGUACAUUUACAGUAAAAGUUACUGUUUGAUACAGUGCUACUUUUCAGCAAUAGCUACAGUCCUCAUCUUGCAUAUGAGCUUAAUUCAUAAGUGGCCCAUUCACAACUAUGAGUCUUAGUGACAGUUCACCAUCAGGGCCUGAGGACAUGUUGAACUCUUCUGAGGAGUGUCAGCAGUAAUUAAACAGCCCCAGCCAUCUCAAUGCAGUACCAGUAAAGUGCUGUUCACAGGAAUUGGCUGUACAUAGUGUACUCCAAAACAAAGACAGUUUAGUCCUAAAGAACUUGUGCAAUUUGAGAGAAGUGAUGGGAUUCGGUGGAAGAACAUGAAAUGUGGAUGAUUGAAUAGAACGUGUUGUUAAAUAUAUAUAUAAAAUAUAAAAAUAGAUAUUUAUAUAUGUUUAAUAUAUAUAUAUAAAUGUCAUAUCUAAUACACACAUGCACAUACACGUAUGUAGUAUAAACUGAUUUUUGUGGCAUCAUAGAAAAAGUGGCUUAAGAUAAAAUGCAAUGAGCAGAGGGACUUGGACAACCUGGGCAUGAGAAUUUUUCUGUCCUUUAAAAAGGAGAGGAGAUUAUGGGCAUGUCUAGACUGACAGAUCAAGAUUGAUCUGAUUUUCCUACUGCCGCUGCUAAGCCCAAACCUGACAUGUGCCAGCACCUGAGCCAGCUGGGGACAAGCUGACUCAGGUCUUGGUGCUGUCUAAACAUGUUACCUCACUUACAAAUUCUGCUUAUUAGCUCCAGAUUAAGUGACUAAACUGCCCCAGCCAACCUGGUUAUCCAGGAUAGUGCUCAGUUCCACCUCGGGGGUGUGCUGACUUAGGUCUUUACUACCCUGCGCUUGUCUGACUCUCCCACACCUCUUUUGUAGGGCAUAAUUAUGGUCUAGGAGAUCUGACUGGGACCCUUCAAUCCAGAAUCCCUGUUCCUCCCAUGAAAGGGAGUCAGGCAUAAGAGUCUGUGUGCAUUGGAUGUCACUGCACUCACUUUGCACACACAGGGCCACUGCCAUCCUAUGUGCAGCCCAAAUCCAGCUCUGUCCUCGGUGUGGAAAAGAGUUGAGAUUAAGACCUGGUGUGCUCAGAUUCUCCCUUCCCAGUCCCAGGUACUCAUGGGAUUUGUCUGUAACUUGUUUUGUCAGCUUCAGUGGGACUUGAUCAGCUUUUCUGAGAGAAAAUAACCCUAAAUUUCCAUGGGAAGAAGUCUAUCCUAGGAACAGAGCUUUUUGGGAGGCCUCUAGGAGCACACUGACCCUGUGUGCAGAGAUAUACACAAUUUUAAACCUGCUGAAAAGGUGACAAGCUCACACGUCUCCUAUCCUUGAAGGGAAGUUCUGCAGUCUCAGCAGUGGUUUUUGGGAUUGGGAUGGGGGGCCAGCUUAUGGCAGGCUGCCCUGGCUCAUUUACAGGAGCCCCACUGUGAGUUAGAAGUGGACAUACACAAAGGGAUUGUGGAAGGAGGUCUUUGUAUGUACUCACUGCCUCUUGGAGACAGGUGGUUGCAAGGAGCAGGUACCAGCCCUCGUGCCCUUGCUCAUCUGGCCCUCCAUCCUUUACCUCGGAGCUGAGCAAGGCCACACUGCCCAUGCCCUGCUCUGCAGGAGCCUGUAGGAUGCCUUGUGCACCAAGGACGAGGGGAUCCACAUUGGCAAAGUGUCCCCACAGUACCACUGCCCCUUGUGUUCCUGGCAGGAUUAAGCCCUUCGUGCAUGACUGUGUCUGUGCCACCGCUGUGUAUCUCUUCUUGCUUGGUUUCUGUUCCCUUUCUUUCUCUUUGGAAAGAUAACUUCAUUAGAAACACAGAAACAAAGCCCACUCCUUGGCUGGUGUAAAACAGCCCAUCUGCACAGAAAGCAAAAAGCAAUGGCUGGUUAACCAGGGAAGGCAUUGGCUUGUAUAUUCUCAUUUGGUUUAGAUUUGUUUCAUGCUGACCCUUUCCCUCACUUCUUAAAAACUGUCUGUUGUGGUUCUUUAGGCUCAUUUAGUCACAUCCUCCCCUAAGACUGACACAAUUGGAAAACUUUCCUUAAGAAAACAAAAAAGCUUCCCCAGUUUAUUGAGCAACUGAUCUUUGGGCUACAGAUUCAAUUGGGACUUAAAUUAUUUCACAUUUAAGAAAAUGAGGGGCCAAACUUCACUCAACUAUUCUAUUUCACUAUGAUGCUGCUAGAAGCAUUGCUUAAUGAAGACAUACUAAGUUAGACAUAAAUAUGUUUUGUAUUUCAUAGAUUUUUCUCCACCAGCAUAUAUUGACUAGAUUGCUUAGGUGUCUUUUUCUGGAAUUUCACUGUCAUUGUUCAGCCAAGAGAAGUGCAACUCUAGAGUAAAGAUGGUAUAAACGUGUUCUCUAGCAGAUCUGUUAAGAGAAAAGACAAUAAACACGAAGGUCACAAACAUUUGCUAGGUUGUCCUUCUAAAUGCAUGUGCAAGCUGCAUUUCUCCUUCAUUUCUAAGCCAUGGUUUAUAAGUAAUUAGAUUUAUACCAAUCUUAUUAGACUUGUAUAAUUUAUGCAAGAUUAUGCGCUUUAAAAUAUAAAUCAGUACACACCUAUCAUCAGCUUUGGUGGCAUCAUAGACCUGAAACCAGACAAGACAUUUAUAUUUGCUCUCCUUAGGCUUUUGCAUGCAUACGACAACAGGCAGGCCUGAGCAAACACUGCCUUUGACUUUUAAAAUUUUAGCUACUCCAAGUUGUAGAGCAUAUAAAGCUGUAAGUCUCUUCACUUUAUAAUGUGGUUCUUAUGACAAUGUUAUCUGGCAACCAACAGCAUCCACCAUGAAAUACUUGAUAGAUUUAUGUUGUAAUGUGUUGCAGCAUGUAAAUAAUGUAACUUCUCUGCAAUAAAGCACAUUUAUAUUAAAUCUGUCA